CGGCGCAUGGCAGUGCCCGCCUAACCCUUCCCCUGCCCGGUCCGCUGCCGCUGCCCACGCCCGUCCUGACACACGGCCACGCCUCCCUCUCCGCCACCCACGCCUCCCUCCCUCCCCGCCUUGCGCCUGCACCGUCCUCGUCCCUUCACCUCGGGCGCCACACAGACCUGGCUGCCUCACCUGUGCUGCCAGCCGUGCCUCCCUCACGUGUGUGUCGCGCGCCUCUCUGUCUGGGAACACGUGCAAGCCUUAUCCCGCCCCUUGAAGCACCUCACGGCAGGCCUGUCCCUGGCGCCGGCGUGCCGCGCCUGAGCAUGGCGGUGAACGCUGCCUGGCGGGUCGCAGCGAGCCUCUCCCGGCGGAGUGUUGCACUGGGCCAAGUGUAAGCACACGGGAGGCGGGGCCCUGUGACCGCCGCCACUCAACCCCGCACCCUCCCUCCACCCUCCCUGCAGGCGUGGCGACAGUAGCACCUCUCAGGCAGCCAGGGCGCCGCCACAUCUGCCACUGCCUGAGCCUUCCCACACGUCCUUCCCUCAAGCAGCCUCGCUACCCACCGCCUCACCCACUGCUCAUAAACACGCCACACACUUCACCCACUUAGGACGCUGUGUUGACGACAGGAGGCAGGAAGGCACCGCCACCGACGCUUCCUUACCCAGCUCUGAGCACCUACCCGGUACCUGUCACCUGUCACCCAGCGCACCGCGUCCUGCUGCAGCUUGUCGCGGGCCUCAGCCAGUUUGCCUCGGGGUUGACGAGAUUGCAUUCUAAAAGCCUCAGUGUGCGUGAGUGUACCUCUAUCAACAGCAGGUGCCGUAGAGACCCAUCUUGCCGGGUGUCGUGCACCCCUUGAAGUCUGGACCUCAGGCCACUGACAAGUUUACUGUUGAACGAGACCAAGUACCCUAAAGUGAGGCCCGGAGCUCUCGUGUGACCGCCAAGAUGGCGGCGCGGCGGACCCCUGCCCCGCCCCGUCGGGGCAGGAUGUCCAAGUGUUGCCGCUGUCUGUGCUGCAAAGAGGAAAGUUCAGACGACUCAGACCUGGAGGAGGAGGUGCCCCUGCCCCCGGGCCUUCUGCCGGUGCAGAACGAGGCCAAGGCGCAGGAGACGGUGCCUGUCCACACCCCCACGGCCAGCAGGGAGUGCCUUCUGGAGCAACCUCUACGGGAGCGUCUACUGCGGCAGCCUCAGCUCAGCGUCAGGAAGCAGCUGUUCUCCAUGACCGGCUGGAACCUUGCUCUCUUCCCGGACAUGGCGGUCAGAGGCACCAGAGAGUUCUACAACAUUUACGCCAUCUUGGAAGUGCGGGCGGUGGGCAAGGGCGAGGUGCAGAUCAGGGGUGUGGACUCCAACCUGUUCCUGGCCAUGUCACACAAAGGGAAGCUGUAUGGAGAGCCUAACGAACUGAAGGAGAACACGGUGUGGGUGGAGACGCUGUCCGGCGCCUUCUACAAUUACCUAUCCAAGAAGUACGCGCACAUGGGCUGGUACCUUGGCGUCAAGAAGAGCGGGAAGCCCAAGCGAGGACACAAGACGGAGUACGGUCAGCGAGCGGUGCAAUUCCUGCCGCGCCACCCCUACCCGAUAGGAUAGGUCACGCCAGGUCAGGACAGGUCACCAUAAGCCCACUGAACCUGCCCUCCCGCCCACCUGACCUGCCUGUCCUGCAGUGACCUGGUGACUUGCUGAUGACCAGAUUCGCUCGCCUGGCUGACUAACUGCAAGGUGCCUGAAUGUGUCAUGAUGAUGGUGGUGUGGUAGUGGUGGUGGUGGUGGUGAUGGUGGUGGUGGUGGUGGAUUGGAGUUUGUAGUGGUGUAGCGGUGGUGAUGGUGGUGGUAGUUUGGAGGUUAUAUGUAGUGGUGGUUGUUGUUCUCUUUUCAUCCGUCUGUCAUCAGCGCCAGGAAUAAAUGUGUGUGUGUGUGUGUGUGUGUGUGUGUGUGUGUGUGUGUGUGUGUGUGUGUGUGUGUGUGUGUGUGUGUGUGUGUGUGUGUGUGUGUGCUGUUAUUUUAUAUUUGAUGUAAAUGGAUAAAUUAUUAUUAUUGUUGUCAUUGUUAUUAUUAUUAUUAUUAUUAUUAUUAUUAUUAUUAUUAUUAUUAUUAUUAUUAUUAUUAUUAUUAUUAUUAUUAUUAUUAUUAUUAUUAUUAUUAUUAUUUUAUUAUUGUUAUUAUUAUUAUUAUUAUGGAUACUGUAAUCAUAAUCAUCUCCAUGUUUAUGCUAUGGCCUCGUUUUGUGUGUGUGUGUGUGUGUGUGUGUGUAAGUGACGAUGUCUUGGUGGUGGUGGUGGUGGCGGGCGAGGUCAGGUCAGCAGGUCACGCCAGGCUGCUGAAGUGCCAAACUGCUGAGUGCCGCGUGCCGCGCCUCACGGCUGGCUCAUCCCAUCCUAGUACUGGUGCCGGAUACUUUCUUAUAACAUGAAUCUGGCUUGUGAAGGCGUGGAGUCGGUGAGCGGGAGGCGCCGGUGACCUGACCUUAACGCCACAGACAGUAUUUCCUAACCUUGGCCUGAGACGUGGCGGCACGCAGUGGCUGGCACCUGUCAAGGCGCCGCGGGUUGUCCCCUAGUUUGUGGUGGCCUCCCCGGACUGAGGGCGGCGAGGACCAGCGCGGGUAUUCUCAGCACGUCUGUUGCGUUACCCGAUGGGGGACUUUACCAGAAAGUACAGGAUCUGCAUUUAUUUAGUGGGUGUCGCGGAGCUGCGGCGGUGCUGCACGCGACGCCCUGGUACUGUACCUUGAGCAGUCUGCCUUACUGCACCGUCGCACCAUCACACAGGUGUGGUGCACGUAGCCUUUACGGUUUCAGAUAAGUAGAUAGAGUAGAUAGUGUGGACGUCCAGAUGUAACACUGAAUGCUUUUUGGCGCAUCAUGAGGAGGCGUUGGCUGUGGCGCAGCAGCUUUCCGGCGCCUGCCCUUCGCUUCUGUACGCUGGGCACUACUGCCGUGCAGCGGCGUCGACUCGAGGCGACCAGUGGCCGGUGCUGUGUGGCUGAGGUGCAACACGCUUUGUCUUGCAGUAAGAGUGCGGCGUCGCGCUGAAGACAACGGUAAUUACAGCACGUGAAGGCUGUCUGUCUGUACGUGACUACAGCACAGCUUAAUAGUAAUACUGCAGCGCAGGCUACACCUCGGGAAUGUGUGGGGACAAUCUUGUGGAUGGGGUGGACAGCAGCGGGAUGUGGAGGGCGUGGGCGCCAGGCAGCCGCUCCCCACACAGCAGGACGAGUUUUAUACUUUUUGUAACGAUCCUCUUCUUGACCAGAGUACAAUAAAGUGAGCACCAGCA